AUACAAUCGCUUUACAUCUAUUCAAAAUUAUUAUGCCAAAAAUCAGCAUUUCAUAAAAAAAAAUCCGUUACUUAUUUAGAUAUCUUAAAAGAUGUUUAAACGACAACCUACACAAUACUAUCAAUAAAAUAAUGUUCUAAUAUAAACAAUGACGGGUCGAUAAAAAGUAUUAACUAAUUAUUUUGUAAGUUAAAAAUGUUUUAAAUGCGUCGUGACUCUGUUAAAGCGCGGGUCUGCGGUGCGCUUAAAAAUAGAUGACAUUUUACGUUCAACUUCUCCUCCUACCUCAAUUAUUAAUUAAAAGCUUUAAUCUUGAAAAUAAUUAGCCAGUCAUUUUAUUAGAACAUUACUUUUAUUGUGUCAUAGACAUGUAACCUACAUUUAUAAAUUAAAAAUUGAUAGUAAAAUAAAUAACUUAAGGGAUGGUUUUAAAAAAACAUUUUUGUUUGUAUGUGUACAGGAAUCAGGCUAACACAAUAAUAUUCCGCUACGUUAUGAAUAUUGGAAGCAGAUUCUUAUUAAUAUGGAUUUACUACUUUUGUACAAUAACGGUUCACUGUAAUGAGCUAGCGUCUUGUUAUACUGAACCGCCAGAACUAUGUCCAAUCACCACAGCACCGUGUAAAUGCACACAAAUUGAAGCAUCUUCAGUUUUUUGCUGCCGCGUUCGGUCUAAUGAUGAUCUGUUACAGAACUUGGGAUGUUCAAGUGUAAAAACGGGUGCAAUCAAAGCGCUACACAUCUACAACAUGACUGCCGAGCGUUUUGAUUUUGGACAAUUUUCUUUUCAUUUAAACAAUUUAAUAUCAUUGUCCAUAACGAGUAGUUAUGUAAAUAGAUUACUUGGUCGUUUAGAGCAUACACAUCAGAUUGCUUGUCUGAACUUUUCUAACAAUGCUUUCGGAACUGAAUGGCAAGAUCCAUUAGCGCUGGAACAACUUAAACUUUUGGCCAUGUUAGAUUUUUCACGUACAAAUAUAUCAACACUGCCUGUUAUCAAAAAUGAAGUGACGAAGUUUUGGAUCGAUAUAUCAAAUAACAACAAUACUAAUUGUGACAGUUUAUUGGAGCUUAUGGGACGUUCAAAAAAUGAUGAGAGCAAACAACUUUUAUUUAAAAAUUCAAAUGAUACAUUUUGUAUGGCUCCCCGGUCAUUUCAUUGGUUUAAUUCUACAGAAAUAUUGGCUUAUGACCAAAUUAAAAUAAUUGAUAAGAUAAAUACUCAAUGUCCCAAUAACUGUAAAUGUAAAGCACUUGGUAUGGACAUGGUUUCAAACAGAAAUGUACUGCAUACAGUUGAAGUAGAUUGUUCAAAUAAUAAACUAUCAAAUUUACCAAAGAGUUUACCUGAAAAUACAGUAAAAUUGGAUGUUACCAAUAACAAUAUAACUGAUAUAGAUGAAUUAGUAUUGGAUGCUUACAAAGAUUUAAGAUUUUUCUAUGCUGAUCAUAAUAAAAUAUCAAACAUUUUGCCAUUAGAAGGUUCACGGUUUUUGUCUAAUUUUGCUAUUUUGAGUUUAAAACAUAACCAAUUAAAAUCGAUACCAAUGUAUGUUUUUGAUUAUUCGUUUGACAGAGAAUUUGAUGGACACAUUCUCAAUUUAGGCGGUAAUCAACUUCAAUGUGAUUGCAGUACUGCACAAACAUUUAAAGCUUGGUUGAUAAGAUACAAACAUUAUAUGCGUGACUUCGACGAAGUUUUAUGUGAAAAAAUUGGUAGAGUAAUAGACCUGGACCAAAAAAUUGUGUGUGUUACCCAAACUGAGUGGACAGACUACAUGUAUUAUAUCAUUGCUGCCGAAAUAUCUGCUCUUUUACUACUGAUUGGAAAAGUAUCCUAUGACUAUUGGGUAUUUAAGACAGCAGGUUAUUUACCAUGGCCGGCUUCCAAAAUGCCUAAGCUUCCUUGUGAUUGGGUUUUUGAAUAAAUAACUCUGUACGUUUUCUGAAAAUAUAACCGCUAUAACUAUAAAAAGACUGUUGAAGAGCUAAAAAUGUAUAAACAAAUAUUAUUAAGUUACCAUUGUGCCUUAAAAAAUAUAUAUGCAUGGACUUUUAUUAUUGUUAAUAAUUUAUCAGUUAAUUUAUACAUUUGCUAGGAAAGCACUUAAAUAUAAACAUAUUUUAUUAUCUAUAUAAUGUUAUAUGAUAUUUAAGUUGUAAAAAGAAAUUUCAUUAAAAAAAAAUGUAAUAUGUUUUUACGUUUAGUGGAUAUAAGCUAACACUAAAUUGAUAUGCUGUUAUAAAUAUUUUAAAAUUGGCGCUAUAUUCAGAUCUUAUAUUCUGUUAAUUAUUAAUUUUAGGGCUGUGAUUUUUAAUUUGUUCAUUAUUAUAUUUUGUUAUUGUUAAAAUAGUUUUAUGUUUAAUUUUUUUGUUUUUUUGCUGAGAUAAGUACAGCAUAUAUAUAGGAAAUAUAUCUGAAACGUUAAAAUGUUGAACGAGUUUAUUGAUGAUAUCCAUAAUUUUGGUAUUAUAUAUUAUCAUAAUUUCAUGUUUAUAAUUUUAAAAAAACUUGCCUGUUUUGUUUAUGAGCUUGUUGUAUUAUUCAAUCAGAAUUAUUUCAAUUAAUCUUUAUUAAAAAUACCAUUAUAUUUAAUUAUCA